CUCGUCUCGGCCCUCUCUGUUCUGUCCCGCCUCAAGUCCUUAGUUUUCUUGUCUGCCUAUCUAUACAACAUACCUGAAUCCCUUCUAGAUUCUCAUAUACACCAAACCGCGCGCACACACAUACACACACACACAUACUCACACACACAACAUGGCCUCCAACCCUCCCGGACAGUGCUGCACCGUCGGCGUCAAGCAUGAGGGCACCCCCCAGGGCAAGAAGAUCAGCGUCGCUGGCAAGUAUGAAGGAUACCUCGCCGAGGCGCCUGCCGACAAGGCCCACAAGAACGCUGGCAUUCUCUUCAUCAGCGACGUCUUCGGCAUCUGGCCCAACUCGCAGCUCGUGGCCGACCAGUUUGCCGCCAAUGGAUACACGACGCUGAUCGUAGACCUCUUCGGUGGCGACCAGAUUCCGCUGCCGAUGCCUGCCGGGCUUAACAUCCUCGAAUGGAUUGCCAAGGGCAGCGACGGCAAGAGCCCGCACACGCAGGAGUCGAUUGACCCCAUCGUCAUCGACGCCAUCAAGUACAUGCAAAACGACCUCGGCCUCGCCAACAUCGGCGCCGUCGGCUACUGCUUCGGCGCAAAGUACCUCGUGCGCCACUUCCAGCACGGCAUCAAAGUUGGCUAUAUCGCGCACCCCAGCUUCGUUGACGAAGACGAGCUCGCGGCCAUCAACGGCCCGCUCUCCAUCGCCGCCGCCGAGACGGACAGCAUGUUCCCCGCUGAGAAGCGCCACAAGUCGGAGGAGAUCCUGCAGAAGACGGGCCAGCCUUACCAGAUCAACCUCUACUCGGGCGUCGAGCACGGCUUCGCCGUCCGCUGCGACUUAAGCAAGAAGAUCCAAAAGUACGCCAAGGAGAACGCCUUCCUCCAGGCUGUCUCGUGGUUCGAUGAGCACCUGGCAUGAUUGGGUCAUGGACGCGACGGUGUUAAAGUCAUGAGUGGAUGACGUAGGGGCGCAUGCUUGGGAGAUGGCGCUUUGGGGUAGUAAAAAAUAACUACUUGAUGAAUUUGUUACUGUAGACUGCUUUCUGGAGGCUUGUCGAUAAGGUCCAACGUGAAAAGCCGGUGUUCAGCUGGACGUCUGAUUUAAUGAGGUCGUUGUUCGACGUUGGCGGAGGUGGCGGGAUUGGUCCAGGCCAGUUAGGCACCUAUUCAUACUUUUGGAGGGUACCAACGGAGGCAGGUACCUAGGUACCUGUAUCAGUUUUCUUACCUUAUUUGUGCCGUUGGGUACUAAUGGUAGAACACCUGUAACUGGGUCGGCGGUGCCGGGAAAACGUGGGAGAAAAGACGUAAGCACUGGCAAAUCGUCAUGCCGUGUCGCCUUUGCGCCCUCCGGUUCGAACGACGGCCCGCCCCUAGUUCCAACUCCUCGUCUGCCUCGAGCACUGCCCCGAAAAUGGAGAGAAUGUCGGACUUAUUCUUCCACGUCAACUUGCCUCGCCUCCCUCACAUCUGCAUCACGACUGCAUCGCCAGCGUCGCGCGCCGCGCGCCAACGUCGGUCGCAGUGGUGGGACCUUUCGCCGCCGACGAAAUCCAGCUGACCGUUGCACAGCAGUUUAAAGCCCCAUACUCCAUGACUUGGCGACUGACAAGCCGGUAUGAGCAAGACAUGGGGUGAGCCAUGCGGACGCAGGGGGGGUUGGUUGGUUGGAGACAGGGGCAAGCAAGCCAGCCGCCAGAGCAGCACCUCCUUCAGCAGUUGUUCCCUUUUAGCGAGCGCCUCACCAAGUGGGAUGGAUGGAUGCUACCCGCGGCGGCAGCUGUGCCACUAUCGCGCGCUAGCUCAUCGU